GCCUAAUAUAAACUUGUAAUUCAUCUUGCAGCUUGUAUUGCUAAUGUGGAGCUAUAUUAAGGUGGUAAUUCAGGACCCUGGUUCGGUCCCUGAAAACUGGAAACUAGUAUCUGAGCAGAACAUAGAGGAGGGUAAUUCUGUUGCUUUAACUGAUUAUGCAUCAAUCGAGAACAAUACUCCAACAGUAUCAACAGACCAGAUAGAAAGAAGACAGUCACAGUCCAGAGGCUAUUGCAGUCAAUGCCAAAAUGGCAAGCCACCACGUUGUCAUCAUUGUUCUGUUUGUCACAGAUGUGUUCUUAAGAUGGAUCAUCACUGCAUAUGGGUUGUCAACUAAAAAUCAAGUAGAUACAUACCUGCAACCUUUUCUUGCCUGUGAAUGUGGUCCUGAAAAUGUUCAUAGCCAAAAUAUGCGGAAUCCAAAGCCGCCACUGCCUUCUUGUUAUUAUUUUUUGCUGUUGUCGCUGUUGUUAUGUUACAUUCCUUAAAUAACGGUAUCUUAGAUUGAAAUUCGAUGUGAGUUUGAACA